AUGACCCCAAGGAUCAUGAAGCAUUUCAAGAUUGCCGUCGGGGUGAUCGCCCUCAUGAUUACCCAAACAGCUGCUAUUCCUCAGGCCAUCGAGAAUUCCAUCUGCGGCCCUGGUCUCGGAGGCUGUAUUGGGGGAUGUUGCUCUGAGUUUGGCCACUGCGGUACUACCAGGGCAUACUGCUCAGGAUCGCAAUGCCAGCUCGAUUACAGCGACUCCUGCGACACACAAGUCGGCCCUCCUGGAAGAAGCACUGAAGACAUCUAUCGGCCUUUCUCUGGCGAUGUCCCAUAUGCGGAAACCAUCACUGAAUGUGACUCUCCGGGUCUUGUUGCCUUGACGUUCGAUGACGGACCCUUUGAGUAUACAAAUCAGCUUCUUGACCUCCUCGACGAAUACAAAGUCAAGGCCACGUUCUUCAUCGCCGGACACAACAGAGGCAAGGGCCGCAUCGACGACGAGUCCACGGGGUAUCCAAAAGUUCUACGGCGCAUGCGAAGUGCCGGACAUCAGCUGGCCAGCCACACCUGGACUCAUCGCAACCUCAACGGCGUCAGCGAAGAAGUCCAAAGAACAGAAAUGAUCUACAACGAGAUGGCCUUUCGCAACAUAUUCGGCUUCGUCCCGACAUACAUGCGUCCGCCGUUCCUGGAGUGCGGCACGAGCUCCGGGUGCCUCGACACGAUGGAAGAACUCGGUUACCACGUCAUUAGCACCAACCUGGACACCAAAGACUAUGAGAACGACGACCCUGUGCUGAUCCAAAAGUCCAAGGAUAAGUUCUUUUCCAUGCAAUCAUCCGACGAGGAGUCUCACAGCUACAUCGUCCUUGCUCACGACGUGCAUUAUCAGACCGUUGUGACGCUGGCCAAGUACAUGAUUGAGACCUCGAGGCAGCGAGGGUACAAGCUGGUGACGGUUGGAGAGUGCCUUGGCGAUCCUUCUCAGAAUUGGUAUCGUUCAGCUCCUGCUAGGCGCGAUUUGGGCUUGAAUCAGGAGGUGCCGCCGGUAAACAACACAAACCCAGAGGUCCCGCCGGUAAACAACACAAAUCCUGGCACGCCGCCUGUGAACAAUACAAACCCAGAGACGCCGCCUGUAAACAACACGGAUCCAGAGACGCCGCCUGUAAACAACACAAAUCCAUGGACGCCACCUGGGAACAGCACAAACCCAUGGACGCCACCCGGGAACAGCACAAAUCCAUGGACGCCGCCAAUAAACACUCCCGACCCCGUCGAGCCGCCAAAGCUCAGGGUCUCAAAGGACCAGAGAUGUGGCGGCGAAUUCGGAACCACUUGCAAGGGCUCUCUCUUUGUGGGAGAAGCGACCAGCAUUGUAGCACAGGCUGUGAUCCCACCUAUGGAGACUGCCCUCGACUUGACAACGACAAAAAACAGGGAGACACACACAAUACAACAAACGGCCUUUGCGGAAGCGACUUUGACGCUACGUGUCUCUACUAUGGCACCAAGACGUGCUGUUCCGAGUACGGCUAUUGGUGAGUUUGAUUCGGUCUCGACUGUUGUGAUUGUUUCCACUGACGUAAAUGAUGAUGCAGCGGCAAUAGUAGGGAGCAUUGUGGCGGUGGAUGUCAAACGGGCUAUGGAUUAG